AUGGUAAGCGGGCCUCUUUUUCUCUGUAGAAGGCAUUCAUGGCCGGCGGAGGAGUAUGUUAGUCGGUCGACGUUGCAGCAGCUGGACUUUGAUGGUGGUGCACCGCCGCGACUGGCUUGGAGGAGGAGGUUGAAUAGUCAUGCCAACAGGCUCAAGGAAUUUAGCGUGACCUUUAUUGAAGCUAUGAAAAUGAUGACUCUAGGCCUUCGUCUUUGGUCAUAUGUCCGUGAAGAGGCUUCUCAUGGAAGGAAAGCUCCAAUAGAUCCGUUCACCAGGGAAAGUUGCAAACCCUCAGCUUCCCAAGGGGUUCCUCUUGGAGGGAUGGGAAGUGGAAGCAUAUCACGGGGUUUUAGAGGGGAGUUUAAGCAUUGGCAAAUUCUUCCUGGUUUAUGUGAUAUGUCACCGGUCAUGGCGAAUCAAUUUUCUAUUUUCAUUUCUAGGGAUGGAGGAAACAAGAAAUUCUCAUCUGUAUUAGCCCCAGGACACCAUGAAGGCAUAAAGAAAGUUGGGGAUCAAGGAAUUUCAUCAUGGGACUGGAACCUUGGUGGUCAGCAUUCCACAUAUCAUGCUUUGUUUCCUCGGGCAUGGACUGUCUAUGAUGGUGAACCUGAUCCAGACCUUAAAAUCUCAUGCCGCCAAAUAUCACCAUUCAUACCUCAUGAUUAUCGGGAAAGUAGUCUUCCUGCGUGUGUAUUUGUAUAUACUCUGGUGAAUACUGGGAGGGAAAGGGCGAAGGUCAGCUUGCUCAUGACUUGGACGAAUUCUAUCGGGGGAGUUUCUCACCAGACUGGGGGCCAUGUCAAUGAACCAUUCAUAGGAGAUGAUGGAGUAUCCGGUGUGCUCCUACAUCACAAGACUGCUAAAGAUAACCCCCCUGUAACUUUUGCAAUAGCUGCAUCCGAAACUCAAAAUGUAAAUGUCACUGUUUUGCCGAGUUUUGGGCUCUCUGGUGAGAACUGUGUUACAGCCAGGGACAUGUGGGCUGCCAUGGUGCAGGAUGGACAUUUUGAGCGGCAAAACUUUAAUUCUGGUCCUAGCAUGCCUUCUUCGCCCGGUGAUACACCAUGUGCAGCAGUUUCAGCGUCUACUUGGGUUGAACCUCAUGGGAAAUGCACUGUCGCAUUUGCUUUGUCUUGGGCAUCACCUAAAGUAAAAUUUCAGAAGGGAUGCACAUAUCAUAGGCAAUACACAAGAUUUUAUGGAACCUCUGAGAGAUCUGCUGUUGAUUUGGUGCAUGACGCAUUAAAGAAAUAUAAAUGGUGGGAGGAAGAAAUUGAAAAGUGGCAAAAUCCUAUUCUGAAGGAUGUUAGGCUUCCGGAAUGGUACAAAUUUACCUUAUUCAAUGAACUUUACUUUUUGGUUGCCGGAGGAACAGUUUGGACAGAUGGUGGCGCACCCGUCUUUGAUGAAAAAUUAAGUAUUGGUAAAAAUAACAAGUCCUCUAAAAAUGCGAACAGGGAAGGAAAAUCUGUUUCCAAAAAACUCAAGGGAGGUACAAUUCCUGAACCUACUAUUGAAGACAGUGGGCCAAGGUAUGAUGAUGAGAAGGUAGUUAGUGGUUCCAAUGUAGGACAGGAAUUUGUUGACAGCGACACGGAAUGCAGAAACAAUGAAUUUGCAGAUCCUCCUAAUUCACGAGAUGAUCCUGAUAACGUGGGCAGAUUUUUAUACUUGGAAGGAGUUGAGUACAUCAUGUGGUGCACAUAUGAUGUUCAUUUUUAUGCAUCUUUUGCUCUGCUGGAUCUCUUUCCCAAAAUUGAGCUAAGCAUCCAGAGAGAUUUUGCGCGGGCAGUACUGUAUGAAGACAGAAGAAAAGUCAAGUUCUUAGCUGAUGGUAACUGGGGAAUCCGCAAAGUUAAAGGUGCUGUUGCCCAUGAUCUAGGAACACAUGAUCCUUGGCUUGAAAUGAAUGCAUAUAACAUUCACGACACAAGCAAAUGGAAGGAUCUCAAUCCCAAGUUUGUGCUUCAGGUCUAUAGGGAUUUCGCUGCGACCGGCGACAUGGCUUUCGGGAGGGAGGUAUGGCCAGCAGUGUGUGCUGCCAUGGACUACAUGAAUCAAUUUGAUCGCGAUGGCGAUGGCCUUAUUGAGAAUGAUGGUUUCCCAGAUCAAACUUAUGAUGCUUGGACAGUUCAUGGCAUCAGUGCUUAUUGUGGGUGUCUUUGGCUUGCUUCGCUCCAAGCUGCCACCGCAAUGGCUCAUCGACUAGGAGAUCAUGCUUAUGCCGAGAAAUGUACAAUAAAAUUUUUGACGGCGAAGCAAGCCUUUGAAUCGAAGCUAUGGAAUGGUUCUUAUUUUAAUUAUGACAGUGGAAACAGCAGCAACAGUAAGUCCAUACAAGCAGAUCAAUUAGCAGGGCAAUGGUAUGCUGCAUCAUCUGGAUUGCCCUCUCUUUUUGAUGAAACCAAAAUAAGAAGCACACUUCAGAAAAUAUUUGACUUCAAUGUGAUGAAGGUAAAAGGAGGGAGAAUAGGGGCAGUCAAUGGAAUGCAUCCUAAUGGGAAAGUGGAUGAAUCUUGCAUGCAAUCCCGGGAAAUAUGGACUGGAGUGACCUAUGCUUUGUCUGCCACCAUGGUUCUUGCUGGCAUGGAGGAGCAAGCUUUUACUACUGCUGAAGGCAUUUUCACUGCGGGGUGGUCGGAGGAAGGACACGGGUACUGGUUCCAGACUCCUGAAGGAUGGACGAUUGAUGGGCACUACCGUUCCCUCAUCUACAUGCGCCCACUUGCUAUCUGGGCAAUGCAGUGGGCUCUAUCUCCCCCAAAAGCAAUCGUUGAAGCUCCCAAAGUAAAUAUCAUGGAGAGAAUCUACAUAUCCCCCCUCACUCUGAGAGCCAUACAUGAAAAUGGAGUAAGAAAAAUUCCACCCAAAAAUAGUUGUUUUCGUAAUUCUGUUUUCCAUUGUGAUUGCUGAUUAAGCAAAUAGCAGAGUUAAGCCAAUUCAUUUGUGUAGAAGUAGCUAUUAGACCCUCUAAACAUUCUUAACACCCCAAGAACCCAACUGAGGACAUGUGAGAAGCCAUCUAUAUACUGUAUAUUUCAUAAGGUCUUUUUCUUCUGAAACUGUCAUCCAAGAAUUAGAUCUGUUUUUUUUUUUUUUAUGUUGAUUAUGAUGAAAAACUAAGCUUUUAUGAGUGAAUUUAUGAGGGGGAGAGCUUUGGUGGA